AUGACAGCCGAUGAGCCCGACGACAAGACGAAGAAGGACAUCGCAAACGACUCAAAGGCGUCAAAGGAGACAACGCCUGACAAAGCUGAGCCCGCGGACAAGGAGACGGUGACUGCCGGCAAGGAGUCCGCCGCGAAGGAGGAGACAUCUGCCCCAGCCAAGGCCAGCACUGCGGCAGAGAAGAAAGCCGCCAAGACACAAAAGGAAAGCACAAAGACAGAUGCAGCAGCUGAGGACAACGAGAAAACAAAGGCAACCGACAAAAACUCAGAAGCAGCCAAAGAGAAGGAGUCGGCAAAAGAGAAAGCCCAGACAAAGAAGGUAGAACCAGCCAAAGAGAAGGAAGUGAGCAAAGCCAGCUCCGACGCCACGAAGGAGAAGGCCGACGCAAAGAAGGACGAGCCGGACUCGGCAAAAGAGAAAGCCGAGGUGGCCAAGAAGAAAGCCGAAGCGACCAAGGAAGAACCGGACGCAACCAAGAAGACCUCGGAUGCCGCGACGAAUGAGAAGGCCAGCAAGGCCGCGGUCGACAACACCACCGCGAAGAGCAGCACGGCCGAGUCGAAGAAGGAGGGCAGCGGCAGCGAAGGCGGGAAGUCCGCAGAGGCCGCACCCACGACUAGCACCACACUCUCGGUCUUCGACGCCCCGAAGGUCCAGCAGGCCUGUGGCUGUUUCGAAAAUGCACUGCAACCUCCGUAUGUGAUCUAA